AAAAAAAUGAAAAAUCUAAUUUUGAUUUUAAAACAUUCGUUUUAAUUGUAUUGGUGUCAGAACAACAUUAAUAACUUCUACGUCUAGGUCGUCUAGUGUUAAAUUUGACUUGGGUAGUAACAGCUACUGCGAUUUUCAGACGCUACGCGGAGCAGCAGUAGAGCAUGAUUUCCGGCUCCCUUUUUCUCCUUUCUGCCGUAAGCUCUCAUCAUGGCUAAUACGACGAUCUCGAAGAAGCGGAAGUUCGUUGGAGACGGAGUCUUCAAGGCUGAGCUCAACGAGUUCCUGACUCGUGAACUGGCCGAAGAUGGCUACUCUGGUGUGGAGGUUCGUGUCACACCACAAAGAACAGAAAUCAUCCUUAUGGCCACUCACACCCAGAGUGUCCUGGGGGAGAAGGGAAGGAGAAUCAGGGAGUUGACCUCUGUUGUACAGAAACGUUUCAACUUCAAAGAUCACAGUGUGGAGUUGUAUGCUGAGAAAGUAGCCACCCGAGGACUCUGUGCCAUCGCUCAGGCUGAGUCCCUCAGAUACAAAUUAAUUGGAGGACUUGCUGUCCGUAGGGCAUGCUAUGGUGUAUUGAGGUUCAUCAUGGAAUCUGGAGCUAAGGGUUGUGAGGUCGUUGUCAGUGGCAAGCUCCGUGGUCAGAGAGCAAAGUCCAUGAAGUUCGUCGAUGGACUCAUGAUCCACUCUGGUGAACCCACCAAUGACUACGUAAACACUGCUACCCGUCACGUUCUCCUUAGGCAAGGAGUGUUGGGUAUCAAGGUCAAGAUUAUGUUGCCAUGGGAUCCCAAUGGCAAGAAUGGACCCAAGAAGCCUCUUCCUGACAACGUCAUUGUUCAGGAACCCAAAGAAGAGACUUUGUACUCUGCCCCAGCAUCCGAAGCUAAGGUUGUUAAGGACUUACCAGCACCACCACCGGUCAAUGUGGCAUAAGCGUUUAAUGAACCAUUAAAUUUUCAAUAAAACUUCAAAAAAAAUCUAAAAAAUA